AAAUAUUGGAUCGAUUAAUUGAUUUUUCAACAAUCGAUCCAAAUUUGUGUAUGUUUCAAACAAAGUAAUUUUCAACAAAAAAUUGUCAAAAAAAAAAAUUCAAACAAUGAAAUUCGUUGGAUUAUUAUUUGUUUUGUUGGCCAUCGUUUUGGUUGCCAUCGCUGAUAAUACAACUGAUCAGGCAAAUAAAUAUGCUGAUCAAAUUAUUCCAACGAUUAUCAGAACAAAACAUUUAGAUCCAUUAAAAAUUGGCAAUUAUGAAAUUAGGUUUAUUUCUCACCUUCUUCCUAUUAAUACUAAAAUGAAAAAUAUUACAGUUCAUGGUUUGAGUCAUAUUUAUCGUAAUGGUAAUGCUGUAAUGAAAAAUAAUAGCAAUAUUAUAGAUAUUCAAUUACAAUUGAAUGAUAAAAAUAUUAUUGUAACCAGUGGUUUGAAUGUAAAAACUUAUAUAAAAAAUUUUGAAAAUUUAAAUUGUCAAAUCAAUUAUGAUAAUAUUCAUAUUAGAUUUAAAUUUGAAAAAAAUCAUGAUCAAUUUAAAGUUUUACAAUUUCAAAUUGUUCAUUUUGAAAAUUGUAAUGUAAAUAUUCAAGGUUCAUCAGAAAUUGAAACGUACAAAGAAUAUUAUAACGAUGAAGUAUGUAGACAGAUGAGAACAUUAAUCAAUCAAUCAACCAUAAUUAGGAUUUGAUCCAACGAUUUGUUUCGCUGAUGAGUAAAUUAAUUAACAACCAAUUAUUGAACAGAAAAUCAUUUCAUUUUUAAAAAUACAC